CCCCUCGGACGUAACCACGGAGCUCGCGCCGGGGAGGGGAGGAGUGCGCCUCCCGCGCGCCGCCUGACCGGGCGGAAAGUUUUUCCUGACGGAGUUUUGGCCGCGGCGACUGCAGCGGCGGCGACGGCCAGAGCGGGCCAUGGAUGCCCUCAAGUCCGCGGGGCGGGCGCUGAUCCGGAGCCCCAGCCUGGCCAAGCAGAGCUGGGGGGGCGGCGGCCGGCACCGCAAGCUGCCUGAGAACUGGACAGACACUCGGGAGACUCUGCUUGAGGGGAUGCUCUUCACACUCAAGUACCUGGGCAUGACACUGGUAGAGCAGCCCAAAGGCGAGGAGCUGUCAGCUGCUGCUGUCAAGAGGAUCGUGGCCACAGCUAAGGCCAGUGGGAAGAAGCUGCAGAAAGUGACUCUCAAGGUAUCACCUCGGGGAAUUAUCCUGACUGACAGCCUCACCAACCAGCUCAUCGAGAAUGUGUCCAUUUACAGGAUCUCCUACUGCACAGCAGACAAGAUGCACGACAAGGUAUUUGCAUACAUCGCCCAAAGCCAGCACAACGAGAACCUCGAGUGCCAUGCCUUCCUCUGCACCAAGCGCAAAAUGGCACAGGCUGUCACCCUUACCGUAGCCCAGGCCUUCAAAGUCGCCUUUGAGUUUUGGCAGGUGUCCAAGGAAGAGAAGGAGAAGAGGGAGAAAGCCAGCCAAGAGGGCGGGGACGUCCUGGGGGCCUGCCGUGACAGCACCCCCUCAUUGAAGAGCCUGGUCGCCACUGGAAACCUGCUGGACUUGGAAGAGACAGCCAAGGCCCCACUGUCCACAGUCAGCGCUAACACCACUAACAUGGAUGAGGCACCUCGGCCUCAAGCGUUGAGCAGCAGCAGUGUUGUCUGGGAGCUGGAUGACGGCCUUGAUGAAGCAUUUUCCAGGCUCGCCCAGUCGCGGACGAACCCUCAGGUCCUAGACACUGGACUGACAGCGCAGGACAUUCAUUAUGCCCAGUGUCUCUCGCCUGUUGACUGGGACAAACCUGACAGCAGCCUGACAGAGCAGGAUGACCUCUUCAGCUUCUGAGGGCAUGGGCCCAGCAGGACACAGCCAACCUUGACACGUGAUGGACCAAACCAUCUGCAGCCAGGGAGCCAGCCCCAGGACCUGCCAGCCACUUCUCUGGGCUGAGGCACCAUCAGCCUACAGAUCAAAGCUGCAGCCAGUCAAGCAUGGGAAAGAGAUUUUUUUUUAAUCCCUGCUAUUUUUCUAAGAACUGAAAGAUGCCUUGAAUAUUUAUUCAGUGACUUCUGGUUUGUGCUCAGAAGCCAGUUACGUCAGGCAUGACUCCUGCUGUGUGACGUGUGCAGUGCUGUAACCGGCUCCUCUUCACUCUUCUCAAGCAAGCUUGCUCUGACUGUGGGUGUCAGGAUGGUGACCAAAGCAUUUCUUGUCCCUUUUCUAAGGACCUGAUUUCCACAGAGGCAUCCCUGCUCCUGGCUGAAAGCAGUCAGAUUUCUGUCAUCUUUUGAGCAGAGGACACCCACAGCCUCAGGAGAGGAUUGUGUCCUCAAGCUCACCUUUCUCAAGGCCCAGCAGGCCUGGGCUUGAGCCCCUGGACCCUGAGGCCCUCAGAGACAGAGGGGCAGCUCCUGACCAAAGGCAGCACACUGUUUGGCACUUUAGAGCACACACAGCAGGCGUGGCCCCUGGAGGGCUCCUUGCAGGCGCUGCAUUGACUAGAGCUUUCUCUCUGCCCUUGCUGGAAGGGCCCACAGUCCCUGUGGAUGGUCCCCAUCAGUGCUUGGAACCAGUGAAACUGCCCCCAACUCCCAGAGUCUGACUGCGACCAUGGGGACACUCUCUGCGACUGGCCUCCAUUCAUGUCCCCAUCCCUUCCUUCUCCCCCUCCUGCAGAUCCUGCCUGCUUUUCUGUUUUGUCCGUGUGUCUGUGCGUGAGUUCUCUGAGCCCCACCCCUCAUACUUUGGGAUGCUGUGUGAAACUUUCACCUAGGUUCAUUUGGAGGUAUUUUAUGGCCAUUCUAUAGACGAGGAAAUAGGCCACAAGUGUGGAAGGGGCCGAGUCAAGUGUAGAACCCAGACCUGAUGCCAAAGCUGCUUUCUCUGCCUCCACCGCUCACAACUCACACCUCCUUUUUUUUCUAGCUUUGUUGUCCUCCCAGGAACCAAAAAACCUCAGCUAUUUUCUGACCAAAAUGUGUUUCAUAACAAACCAUCUGGUGCCUUUCCACACAGAACUGGCAUAAGCCUCUGCGUCCUGCUAGCUGUCUUGCUGUUGAUUUCCAUAAAAAUGCAAGUGUUUGAAGUCUGCUAAUUCAGAGGGUGAAACAAAAUCAAACUCUGCAAGCAUCACGCUGUUCUUUUUCCUGACACUGUGACCAGUCAGGACAUAACCAGCAGAACUCUGUCUUUAGAAUCUCUCUCUUUCCUCCUUUCCUAACCAAGUGGGGCUCUUGGCAUCCUGAAGCUCAGCAAAGAUGCCAGCAUCUCCUUCAUCCUGAGGUGCCUCCCAGUGGCACCUCCCAGUGACCUGGCUUGUUAAAGAGAGUUUCAUGGGCCCCAGGAUAAACACACAGCAUUUCUUUUACUCAGCUUAUCUAAGCUUUUCAAUUGGAGCACAUUAGAUGAAAGAGCAAGGGUGAGGGGUUGGUGGUCUUCAUCAAGAGUAUGAGGGUAACUCUCUUUCCCGACCCCAGCUCUGCAGCCCCACUGUCACCCCAGACCUUGGUUUCAGCUGCUGUAUUUGUCGUAAGGUACUAGUGCAGAGCAUGACAUAUGCCCAUGACAUAGGGCAUGUCGUAAGGCACAAGGGGGCUGGGAUACUGAGAAAGAUGGCUGGGUUUGUGUGAACGUUGGUCUCUUGCAGCGUUGGUCUCGUUGGGAAGCUGUGUGUUUCCUGCAUAUCUGCAGAUAAGUCCUAUUGUGCUUUACCUUGUGAUGCCAUGAAGAAAGUUCUAAGGAGGAAUAAACUAAUAAAUAAUCUUUUUGAAAUAUAAGCAGCACUUAAAUGUAGUGACCUGGUGGCCAAGAGUACAGCAUCUGGUGGCUCCUGCCCUUCCGUGGUGGAAGCAGCAGUGCCCAGUCAGACUGUGUGCCUUGAUGCAGCGCGGUGAGUGGGGGGUGAUGGUCUCAGGGACCCUAGGUUGAAGGCCCAAUGGCCCCCCUUUUUACCAGCAGAUGGGUAUACGUGUGAUGAGGUUACCUCUGGAUGACUUAUCAAGGCCACACCAGGGAUCCCAUGUGUCGGAACUGAAGAGGGCUGUGAACCCCCUCAAGUGUGUACAAGAUUGUUGUGUGCUCACAUGGGCUUUUUCCCAGGAGGAACAGGAGGUAUGUCUCUUUUCCAUCACAUUCUCAAAUAGAGCCGCAGAAUUUAUUCACUUAACAGACUUACUCAGUGCCAAACAUGAGCUUGGCCUGGGAUAAUGUUCUGGGGGGCCCAGGUGAACUCAGGAUAUGUGGCUUCAGUGUGAUGGGGGUGGUGGUGAGAAGUGUUUUGGUGAACUGGAGACCUAAGGUCUAGCUCUGGCUCUGUUGCACUUGAUCAGUCAGUUACCUCUUCCCUCGAGCCUUGGCUUUCCUAUCUAUGAAAAGGGUACAACAGUCUCCCCAUUUUCUACUUCCCUGUUUUUUUUUUUUUUUUUUUUGAGACCGUCUCACUUUGCUGGCCUUGGUAGAGUACCAUGGUGUCAUAUCUCACAGCAACCUCAAACUGUUGGGCUCAAGUGAUUUUCUUGCCUCAGCCUCCCAAGUAGCUGGGACUAUAGGCACCCACCACAGCACCUGGGUAUUUUUAGAGACGAGGUCUCAUUCUUGCUCAGGUUGUUCUCGAACUCCUGAGCUCAGGGGAUAUAUCCACCUUGGCCUCCCAGAGUGCUAGGACUACGGGCGUGAGCCAUGUGCCUGGCCUACUUCCCUGGGUUUGUGUGACUCAGAGGUGACCAUUAUCACAUUGUUGGUAGUAUACUCAGGAGGCUUAGAGGUUUUCUUAGGGCAAAAGGCAGUUUGGACCAAAUACAUUUAAGAAAGUCAAAAUUGAUAAUACUAGCUUAUAUUAACUGAGCUCUUACAUGGUGAGGCCUGUGCUGUGCUGUGCUCUUAACUAUCUCCUUAUAAUGGCCGUGUUGCACCCAGGUAGUUUUAGCUCCUAGUACUGCUGAGGGCACCAGGGCACAGCAAGGAAGGCGGGUGCGCUGUAGUAUUUGGCAAGGCACAGCUUAGACACAGACCCUCACCUGUGUCCUGGCCUCCUAGCCCCAUCUGGUUGAGCAGCCCAAGGCCGCCUCUUGAUCUGUGUAGUGACCUUCACAGAAAGGCUGCUCUCUUUAGCUUCCUCCAGCCAGCCCUUCAGCUGCAGCUUGUGGGGGUUCCUUGGGCAUUUAUCUCUUUAUCCCUUCUGAACAGUGGUGUUUUAAGUGUCCACAACUCAGAGGACGAGCCCUCUGAUGUCAGCCACUGGGCACACUCCCUGUGAAUUCAUAGAUGACUAAGAAAUUCUCUCCUUUUUUCUUUCUCCCAUAAUCUGAAAAGACACCCAACAAGUUCAUCUUUCGGUUUAAAUUUGGCCAAUGUCUUUGGUCUCCGGAUGUCUCAAAUUAUGAAUCCUGAACACCCGCUGUCUGUUCUUUCAUGCAUAAAGGAUAAAGCCAGGAAGAACAAAGUCGUCUUUCAGAUUUGAUGUGACCUUCAGCUUCACAGAGUGGAUGUAGGGGUCUUCUUUCCCAGGAGAUAACCAUCCAAAUUAAACCUCUCCAAGGACUUCUGGACAAGCCUGGAUAGGGAAUCUGGGUACAUUCUAUGUCUGGGGUGCUGGCUUGGGGCCUAGGCUUCAUCCAGCCUUCCACCCUCCACCAUGUCCCACAUAAGGAUUAGAGCAGGUGGCUUGUUUGUUUCUUAAGAAGAACCCCUUGUCCCCAUUAGGUUCUUUACACCUGACAUUAGUGACACGUAUUGGUCCUUACAGCCAUCUGCAAGGGGGUCCUAGUCCCAUUCUCCAGUUAAGGCAACUGGGUGAGGGUCUGGGAAGAUGAGGAAGUUGACCAAAGUCUCACAUCUCUUAAGAUGUGAACCUGGGAUUUGAACCCCGCCUGACUCCAGUGUGUAUUUCUACUUCACUGAACUGAAGGGCAAACCCCAGCUGAGCUGCUCACGCUGUGCCCUCCCUUACCAGCAGCCCAGCUACCACCAAAUAUACCAGGAACUGCUGGCCAGCAGGUGCUUCCACAGGCUGAGUGGCAGGCAGGGCUGAUGUCUUGGACUGGCCAGAACCCCCUCUUCUGUAACUGUCCAGUUUAGGACCCAGCAGGGCUGUGUCUUAAUAUGUUACCUAUCUUGCCCCCAGUGGCAUUGCCCAGCCUGUAAGACUAAGCUUUGGUGAGGAGUCUUCCCUGGGAACAACAGUGAAUGCCAGCCUUGGAGAGGGCAGGAGGGAGGCCAUACAUCUCUGGAACACCAGCAGCAUCGAGUAUGGGCGUUAGCUAGUUUGGGCUGCUGCACUGUGACUGCACCUCUGUUAUAAGCCCAUUUUAGAGUCAACGAUGCUAAAGCCCUCGGAGGUUGCACGGUCUGCCAGCCUCCCACAGCUGGUAAGGGACAGGUGUGGGACUCAACAGCCGUAUGUCCCCACCGUCCCUAGUGGACCUGCUUCUCUGUAGGUCACCUGGAACAUUUGCAGAAUACAAUGACCUUGCUUACCUAGGACCUUCUGAACCCAACAAGGGUACCCUUAGCUAAGUGUCCAGCACAGAAGUGUGGGACCAGAUUGAUGCCUUACUUCCAGCUAGGAUAGAUGUGGGCUAGUUCAUAAGUCCUUGUUGCUAGUCAACAGUUCCGGCCUGUGUGGACAAAGCUGAGUCAUAGCUACCCUUGACCCCUCAUGGCCCAGGGGUUGUAGUUCAUGGUGCCCUGGAAAGCGCCAGGGUUUGGGCUGGGUUUGCAGCAUGCCAGUGGGACACAGAAGGUCAGAGCUGGGCUGAGGAAACCAGGGCAGCCUCCUAAGGAAGGAAAUAUUCCAUCUGGGCCUCAAAGGAAGGGCAAGAUGGGUGGAGACUGCCUUUGUCAGCCUGGGAGCCCUUUGAGGCCAGGCCUGACUGGUUCAUCCCAUAGCCUCAAUGCCCAGCAUAGCGCCUGGCAUGGGGUGGCCAUCAAUGAGUCAGCUCAUCAAAAGGGAAACCAGCCUGGCUUCCCAUGAGUACCUGCUGAGAGAAGGGGCAGCCCUGCACCAGCAGGUGUAAUGAAGCCUCAGCAGGCCCAUGGUCUACUCUGGCUUUUCAAAGCUAUUGCAGGACCAGCUCCCCUAUGCACACUGGGCUUAGGCGUUCUGGGUCUCUGUGCCACAUAACUGGUGGCUGGCACGCCUAGCUCAGCUUGAUUUGGUGGAACAUGGUGUGUGGUCCACCCCUCUGCCCCAACCAAAGAUCUUGGUUUUCAAACUGUCUUCAAAGCAAAAUGCUUGAAUGUCAGUGUGGAAGAGCCUCUUAAGGGUCUCCAGCCCCACACUGUUCACAUUUGGGAGCUGAGGCCUGCAGAGGGCACAGGACAUCUCCAGGAUGCUCAGGCAGUGGAGGGAGCUGGGAUUUGUCCCAUAUUCUCUGCGGACUCCAUACCUGGUCAUCUAUCCUCCCAGUGCAGAGAAAUCUCUCCCACUGUUACCAGAAGGGGGCCACAUGCUGAAGGUCUGCAGGGCUUACACAGAAGUGGAAAUGAUUAUGAUAAGGAGAGGCUGAAGAAAGGACCUUUGUGAAUUCUCAAGCACGUAAUGAGCAUCAACUCAUCAUCCGUCUCUUCAUUCUACCCCUCAAUGGCCCCGAAGUCUCAUCUGCAGCUCAAGUUGCUGGCACAGAUGCUUGAAAGAGAGAGCACAGAGCCGUAAUUGGAGGCGUAGCCCCUGGAGCCACAGCAAACUGGGAUGGGUUUGAGUCCUGGAUUGGCCACUUAGACGUGUAAACGAUACCAUAUCCUAUGUCUCAGUUUUCUCAUCUGCAAAACAGGCUAACAGCACUGUCCAAACAGCAUGUUGUGAGGGGUAAAUGAGCUGACAUGAGUGCAUGUCUGUGAGGUACUGAGAAGUUCCUACGCUGUCGCUGUCACUAUUGUGGUUAUUAUUGCUGUUGGGGGCUGUCUGGGAGUCGGGGGAGGACGGAGGUGGGCGGGGAAGAUCAGUUUCUCUCAAGGGGUAAGGCCCACCCACCCAAGUUGGCAGAGCCAAGGAGGAGAGGGUCAUGUCCUACCAGCUUCAUCCUGAUGCCACCUGGGCGCGUGCCCUGACUCCUUUCCACCACCAAGUUGUGCCCUCAGGAAACUCUGCAAAAUUCAUUGUCAAGGCAGGAAACAUUCCACUCCCACUGUUUCAAGGAGGAAAGUAUUUAAUAAAGAGAACCAGCUCACAAAACCCCAGGAAGGGCCAGGGUGCAAAGGAGCUACCUGCAAGGGCCCCAAGGUCUGAGAAGGCCAGAGCUGAGGGAGGCACUGGGUGCCCUGGCUGCUCCUUAGGGCGUAUGGUGGCAAGGCCAUCAGGAGGAGUGGUUUGCAG